ACCGAACCGUAACAUGUAAACCUGUCAUAUCAGAUCGUCGAUUCAGCAUGAAGAUAGAUAUUCACCCAUUAACAGCGAAUCCCACGGCAGCUUGGCGCGAGUUAUCGCAGCAUCAGAAAGUUGUUAAGAUAACCGCUAAAUUACCAACAACUGAAGCACCGACCAAUAAAUUACGCGUAGUAUGUAUGAGUGAUACACACUCACUCACACCUUUUAUCAAGUUUGAUAUACCUGAAGGAGAUGUCUUUAUUCAUGCCGGGGAUUUUACAAAAUGUGGUAGUUUACAAGAAGUUAUAGAAUUUAAUAAUUGGAUAGGUAAUUUACCACAUAAACACAAAAUAGUUAUAGCUGGAAAUCAUGAACUUAGCUUUGAUCCAACAUUUACACAUCCCUUUUCCGUACAUACUAGUGGAGAUCAUCAGAAGCAUACAGGGACUAGUAUACUUGAUGAUAUACCCACUUUGGGCAUGUCAAAAGAUACUCUUGCUGAAGCUAUCAAAACUGCUAAUGUUAAAGAUUAUUUGACAAAUUGUACAUACUUGGAAGAUUCUGAAGUUUUAGUACAUGGAAUCAAAAUAUAUGGCACUCCAUGGCAACCAGAGUUUUGUAAGUGGGCAUUUAACGUGCCGCGCGGAGAAGCAUGUCUUUCCAAAUGGGAAAUGAUUCCAUCAGACACAGAUAUCCUCGUAACGCACACUCCUCCUGUAGGUCAUGGAGAUCUAUGCUGUAGUGGAGUACGUGCUGGAUGCGUCGAAUUGUUGUCAACCGUGCAGAAUCGUGUAAAACCUAAAUAUCACGUAUUUGGUCACAUACAUGAAGGAUAUGGAAUAUCUUCAGAUGGCAAAAUAAUAUAUAUUAAUGCGUCGACAUGCGAUCUAAAUUAUCUACCAAGUAAUCCUCCAAUAGUAUUUGAUAUAACAUUACCUCCUGGCGUUGAAAAAUCAUAAAUCCUCAAAUGAAACAAACAUCCUUUCAUACUUAAUUACUAUAUCUCUCACGAGCUUGAGAAAAAAAAACUACAUGAUUGAUUUACAAUUAUGUAGAGUUUCUUGCCUUAAUUUAAAUCGUGAUGUAUGUAUAAAAUGUAUAGAAUAAGUACUAAUUUAUCUUUUUUUACACAAUUUGUAAUAUCUUAACAUUAGAUGAGAUGUAAUUAAAUAUGUGAUCUUUUUUUUGAGUAAACAUCUCGCUAACACAUUCUACUACCCAGAAAAUGAAAUAAAAAUAAUAACAAUAAAUAACAAAUAGAAACGAACGUUUCGAAAAAUUAAUAUUAUACAUUUUUUGGAAUAUAUAAUCUCAACUUAUUAUAUCACUAAUAAAACACCAUUUUCACUUUUUUUUAAAUACAUUUAUUGCAAUAUCCAAUCACAUAACAAGUAAAAAAUUUGCAUUUGUCGUAAUCAUUGUAGUCAGGCUAAAUCUUGAUAUUUGGUCCGAGAUUAUUUCGAAUAAAAAUGAACUGGCAUUGACGGCUGUCAACCGAUUCUUGUUUUUUUUUUCACGUUAUCGGUGUCAUAAAUCAUCGCGUUAAAAACACGAUCAGAUUUCCUUAUUACGUACAAAUGCGCAUAACAAA